AUGGUACCGCUGAAAUUUCGAGCGAGAAAAACUUUGCUUUGGCUUCUAUGUAGUUCUAUUACGAUACUUACUAUUUAUUAUUUGCAUGUUUUACUGGAAACUCAUCAUCCUUAUGGCUCUCAUGAUACGACACUUUCAAAUGAAGUAUCAUUACAUCAAGGUGAAGAAAAAAUCCAUGAAGCAAAUUUAUCGGGACGUUUGAAUGUUCAGUCAGCUUGGACUUGUACGGGUAAUAUGAAUUAUGAAUCUGAAUGGCAUCAAAGAACUUGUGUAUUCAAUAAUAUUUGUUACAAUAAAACAAGAAAAAUAUUUCAGUUUUAUCGUAAACCAGGCGGAAUUAAAAGGCCAGUUUUAUUUGAACCUAAACUAGGUCAUAUAUAUGAUUUUAAUAUAAAUAAUCAUGGAUUUGUUAGUCUUGUAACGCGACCAACUGUGCAUGGAUCAUGGGGACCAACAAUUGUUGAAGAAUUGUUACCAUCUGCUAAUGAAGUACCUUAUUUACAACAUGUUCAUGUUCUAUUUAUGCAUUGGCAUGUUCCCUUUAAUCCUGGUCAUAUCAUUUGGGAAGACAUAGCAUCUACUUACUUUGCUAUGAUCAGAUUAAAUGAAUAUGAUAGAAAUGCUGUUCUUCUUGAAUACCGAAAUUUUCCAAAGAGCGGAGACCAAUUUCAUCAUAUGUAUGAAAAUCUAGUUCCUGCGUUUGCUGCAAAAGUUGAUAGUCUUGAUCAUUACACAAAUAAUUUUUCUUCUCCACUUGUAUGUUUUCAAACUCUUGUAGCUGGUGGUGCUAAACCGGUAUUUUCUAUUGACCAUGAACCAUAUACACAUGGAAAAGAAAAACUUUUCUAUGACUAUCGUACUGCUAUCCUACAAUAUCAUGGUGUCAAUAUAUCCGAUUUACCAUCACGUCAUCGUAUUGUACUUGUUAACAAAACUCGAGCAAUGCGUCGUAGUUUACGUGGAAUUUCAAAUCUUGUUGAAGUUAAAAAUUUUAUAAAAUUGGCAUAUCCACAGAUACAGCUUGAUGUUAUUGAUUGGAGUGAAUAUACAUUUACUCAACAACUGCAUGAAUUACACAAAACGACUAUAUUAAUCACACCAUGUGGUGGUAUCUCAACAAUAAUACCAUUUUUAUCUGACGGCACACACGCAAUCAUAAUGGAUUUCUAUGUCAAUAAGAAAGCAUAUGCGCAGCGAGCGAGAUAUAGAGUAGGAGAAUCAGCUUCGAUGGACGGAGCUUUUUUGAAUUAUUUUCCACAUAUUCGUAAACUUUACUAUCAAGUGCGAAGUGCAAAAGAUUAUGUUUUCGACUUUCCUGGAGCAUUGGAUACUCGGCAAGAUGCAUCGAUCAGAGUCAAUAUGACCAGAUUGAAAGAACUAAUUGACACUGCCUUAGAUGAGUCAAUCAUAAGUUCAAUAGAUUGA